AUGGCACCUGGCGAGCAGUUCUCGGUAAAUCUCAUCGAGAAAUUUCGAACGAAAGUCAAUGAGAUAUCCGACGACGAUAAGCCUCUCGUCCGCAGAACAUUUCAAGCUAUCGGUUCUGCCAAACGCGGCCUGACUCUUGACGAGUUGAACAUCCUAGUCUCUCUGGAGAUAGGACACACGUGUACGACUCAUCUCGAGAAUACCAGCCACUUCUCGAAUGGAGAAGUACUGAAAGCAAAAACCAAUGACUUGGCACGUGUCCGGAAUGGUUGCGUUACAUUUCAGCACGACUGCAUGUAUGAGAUCCUUGCCAAAGGUAGAGAUAAAUCAGACAGGAAUGACGGGACGUGGUUCCAGGCCACACUUGUCGAGGAUCAACGUUUUUUAGCACGGCAGAGUAUGCGGUACUUGCUGCUCAAAGACUUUGUCGACAGUGAUGAUGACUCGGAUACCUCAACCGUGGAGACGUUCCCUUCAGAUGGUGCAGAUGAUGACUCGGAUACCUCAACCGUGGAGGUGCCCCCUUCAGAUGGUGCAGAUGAUCAUCAUGAUAACCGAGUUAUUGCGUCCGAUGCGGACGCUGACAAAAACAAGAAAGCCUUCCAAGCGCUCCCAUUGGGGCUCCACGAUCGGGCGCACUCAGCGACAGAUGACAAGGACUUUAAUAGACCUGCCGUCGUGCGAAGCGCAUUGCAAUCGGAGAAAAAACAUGCGAAGAUGAUGGCAGAUACAUAUCCUUUGCUAGAAUAUGCUGCAAGGUUCUGGACAAGUCAUUAUCGACAAUGUGAAGGCGACAAUGCUCCAAUUAUGAAGAGUCUCGCAAGGCGAAUUCCAGAGCGCAGUGAUCGUAUGAAUUGGCUUCGACAUCUUUAUGAAAUCGAGACGUUCGAGAUGGAUUUUCCUGAGCAGCCGUCGCUCUUGAUAUUGGCAUCCUAUUUUGGCCUCCGUUCGAUCAUCAAGGAUAUUCCUCGUGAGGAAGUCAUAUCCGAGGCUCUGUACUGGGCAGCUUGGAACGGUCACUCGAAGGCCGUUGACGAGUUGCUUGGAAAGGCUGAGGCUAGCGAUAAACCCGACUGGCUUGCGCAACGUGCGCUCUUCGACGCCAUACAACAGGAUCAUGCUGCGGUGGCCAAGGUCUGGAUUGACAGGCGACCCAUGAGUAUCGUUCAGACUGGGCCCUCCGGUCUCACGCCGUUAGCAGCCGCCGUAUCUGCCGGUUCUGCGGAGACUAUGCGAGAAAUUCUGAACUUUCCAAACUCAAAUCCGAAUACUGCUGAAACAAUUCUCGCCGCGCCGCUUUUCUGCACACUUGUCUCGGGAUCGUCUCAAUGCUUGAAAUUGUUACUCGGCGACCAGCGAACAAAUGUGACCCAGCUCGAUUGGGAUGAAAGAAGCCUAUUGUCUCUUGCAUGUGAGCAGGGCAGAACGGAUCUGGUCAAGAUCAUUGUCGCAGACGGGCGAAUUGUACUUAAUGCACAAGACAACCGAGGAAGAACGCCUUUAAUGUAUGCUGUCACCAAACGACGUAAUGACAUUGUCGAUUUCCUCCUUCAGCAGAAGCAGGCCAUCGACGUUCAAGUUCGGGAUUGCAGAGGUCGCAACGCACUCUCACUCGCCGCCUCAACUUCGACGCCAGAAAUAUUUGAGCAGUUACUCGACGCUGAUGAAUCCUGCGCAUCGGUAGAGUGCAAGGAAGGCUUCACCAGUGUUGAAUGGACAUUGGACCCACCCGAAAGCCCAGGGAAUGCUAAGGUAUUGCUGCGUAGAAUUCCCGAGAAGUUCGAAGCAGAGGCUGGAUUGAAGUUGUUUGCCUAUGCACUAUCUUGGGAUGCAGUGGAGAUCGCGACGCUUUUGAUUAUUCGACAGGCAUUUGACAUCAACGUCGUAUCAUCAGAGCGCGAAACCAAGGGAAAUACUGCGCUCUCAUACGCUUUUAGACGUGCGGAAAAGAACAAGAACAACCAUGUCCUGGGUCCGCUGAAGGCGGUCUUGGGUGCGCAUGGUCUGAACCUGGCAUUGGGGAUAGGUGCGCCAGAUCUGGAGUCUUUCGUUCAAGAUUGCGUGGGAGAUGACAAAGAAGAGCUGACAUGGUUAAUGUCCAAGGCUUAUGAUGGCUCAGGCCUUCCGUUUCCCAACGAAGUGUAG